AUGGACAUCUUCAUAGACGAAGAAAUAAAUCGUAGUGAUGAAAACGAGGCGGUGCUCCUAGAGAUUGAUGAUCUGUUGCCUUUUAAGAACGCUCCCCCGAAAAGGGGGAAGGGGAAAGAGAAGGUGGGAAAGGGGGAACAUAGAAGAGGUGAAAAAAGGGAAGAAACAAGCUACAAACAAGAUGGAAAAGAAGGUGGCACACAAAGUGGGAGACAAGGUAGCAGACAGAGUGGAAAACAAAGUAACAAGCAUAAUGGCCAGCCGAAUAACAAAUCUGAAAUGAGGCGAGGCAGCCAAACGAUGCGAGCAAACCAAACGAACCAAGCGGGGAUGUACCCCCCGUGGGAAGACAGGAAGGUCAAAGCUCCGCAUAGAGACAGACAGGACGUCACCGAUGAUGCGAAUGAAUGGUUAAUAAAAAAAGAACACUUGAGCGCAGUUCAGCAUGGAGACGACCUGGAGGACCAUCUCACAGACCUUGAGGAGGAAGCUGAUCCGCUGGCUGCAAAGCACGGGGGCCAACACGCUCAGUCGGGAGAAGCCAGGAGGAAAUAUAACCCAUGCGGCAACUAUCCCCUCAUCUGCAACCUGUAUGGAAGAGCAAAACGUUGCUAUUCAGACAUUGUAGAUGGAGUGGCAGACAAGUUCAGUGGGAAUAUAAAGCACGGUGAUGGUUUCUUUUACUACAAGAGUCACACGUCAUCCGAUUUUUUGCACAUCCUUGCCAAUCGUCUGUACUACUCCAGGGGUACCAUGUAUUUGUACUUCCUUGUGAUUUUCCUUAACCUUUUUAUCCUUGUCUACACUGCGUGCACAAAGAUGGUCAGUCUGUUUGUGGUCAUCUCGGAGAUGUUUGUCAUCCUCAUGCUCGUGUUGGAGGUUUGUCUGCGCUUGGCCACGCAGGGUCGAAGCUACUUCCACAAUUUCGAGGGUCUGUUCGACGUGACCGUGACGACCAUGUGCUUCCUGCUGCUAAUCAGCAGCGGCGACCUGAAGGUGUUUUCUCAGGCGGAGAUAAUCAAAACGAAGAACAAGGAAGUGGAGGAAAUGAUUUCGCAGAGCCUCACCGUUUUGCGCUUCUCUCUUCAGCUCUUCCGGACGCUCACCCUGUUUAUGCACUACGAGCGGGUGAAGGCGCCAAGCGAGAACAUUGACUUUUCGGUGCUAAACUUGCCCCACGAGGAGGAAGAGGAAGAUGAUUUUGUCAUCUGA